GGCUAAAGACAUAUCCAGUCUUCGUAGUCGAGAGUAGCAGAUCUUUGAAAAACGUCUAUUGAAAAUGAAGCCGAUGUUUCUUCUUGCUGUGGUAAUAUUUUACUGCAUGAACAAUGUCUUUAGUGUUCCAGUUAUGGAUCUUCAUCCUCUUGAUUUGGCUGCACGAGUGGUGUGUGAGGACACUCGUAGUGACUGCAACUGGAUUAGUCAGCAACCCGACCCAGGCCAGUAUUGUGAACUAUACAAAAACGACCCAGAAGUCAAGAAAUGCGCAAAAACUUGUGGAUUCUGUGGUUAUAAAGCUCCCGCACCAGCAUGCGAGGACACUCGUAGCGACUGUUACACGAUAAAUCAUAUCGGGGAGUCUAAAGCUACAUACUGCGCCAGAAACAGAUACGAUCCAGCCGUCAGGGAGUGCGCUAGAACCUGUGGAUUCUGUUGAUGCACGAGGUACUGGCUACCAAACGUUCACCUUUAGAUUAGCUUCAUGUCAAAAAGUUUGCUUGUAAAUGUAUAAUGAAAUUAAGCUUAAACCUAAGGUAAUACAGGCUAAAUUUCUCAUUCAAUUUGUUGUGAAAAUCAAAUAAUAGAAAGUGGAAAAGAUAGUCAGUCUACUUUCCUUGUAGCUAAACACUCAAAGAUAUAAAGAAUUAAUCUACCCUGCUAACCGAGGUAGAUGCCCAAAUGGUUAACUGCCGAGUCCUCGGGUAAAGGUUCUUUUCGUAGUGAUCGAGAAUAACAAAAAUAAAUGUUAGUAAAGCGAUUUCCUUCGCCGAAUCCAGUUCAGUCUUUGCUUAUAAUAAAACGAUGCUUUACUAAAAACGAA